UGUAGAUGUGACAGGGGACCUCGGUUUUUGCGGUCUCAUCCGAAGGACCGCCCCAUUUAGUCGCUUCUUACGACAAGCAAGGGGGUACUGAGGACCUAUUCUAACCCGGAUCCCCACGGGAUGAUAUAUUUUAUUGAAAGUAUAUACUAACGGUAAAUUAACACCUCAACUUUAUGGCAAUCGGGAUGAUUUCAGCUUCUCCAUCGUCAACCUCCCAUAUUUAUGUAGCAAUAUUCCAUUAGCACCUGCAUAUGGUGUUUAUAUCUCUCAACUGAUUCGAUACGCAAGAGCUUGUUCUGCGUAUUGUCAGUUUUUAAAUCGAGGCAAGCUACUGACAAAGAAGUUGAUGGUGCAGGGGUUUGAACAGUCUCGUUUAAAGUAAGCAUUUCGCAAAUUACAAUUAUAACGAUCUAGUUUGCCAAUAAAACCUAUCGUUAGGUAAAAAAAUAAACAACUGAUGUUACAUAAGCCUUAAAGCUGUAUGGUCCGAAUUACAAUAUUUUUUUUCAUCUCGUAAAACCGCUAUUAAAUCAUCGCACGUAUGUAGUUAUGAGACUGUACGACCUAUCGUAAAUUAUUUCAUCUGUUUUAACCCAAAUAAUUCGAUUUUAAAUCGAUGUUUACAAAUAACCGCGUCACUGCCAUUUCAAGUGACAGUCACGUGACCAGUUCAAACUUUCAAAUCAUCAGUGGUAUAAUCUGUGUAAAGCUGUGUAUUUUGUUAUAACAGUAACGUACCAUAAGUUUAAUAGAAAUAAAACUAUCAAAUACCUCUUAGUAAUUCGUUGUUUUACGCUCUUUCAGCCUUAAAACUAGACAGUUGCGUAUGAGUUAAUACAUCAUGUUGGGAUUCCCCUGACGCGCGUGGGUCUAUUUAUAGACGUCUUUUAUGGGAUGAUUUAUAUAUGUAGCCACUAUAUUUACUUUCUAAAUAAUAUUCGCACUGUUUUCUUUUACAUGCAGAUGUUUUCAAGCAUGUAAUUAAGGGAAAGUUAGUAACUUUAUAAAGUAAUGAAUCUGCUCUAAAGUAAUUAUGUACAAAAAUAAUACAUGAACAUCGGGUCAUACAGCUUUAAGUUACUUAAUAAGUUUUGUAAUCGUUUUCCUAAAACAAAGGCGAUAAUCUUGUAAUCUGUAUUAGUCAAGCUAAUUGGUCGGUAAUUUUUUAUAUUUGACUUAUCUCCCUUUUUGUGUAUAAGCGAUAGAAUGGACAUUCUUUGAGUAAAAGACAUCAUGCCCGUCUCAUGGGCCAUUUUUAAUGCAUUAUAGAAAAAAAGCUUGAUAUCGUUCCAGAAAAUCUUAUAAAACUGGUGAUUUAUUGUUUUUCAUUAUUUUAACAGCUUCCGAGCAUUCCUCUAAAGACGGGAAUGAGUCGCACAUUUUUUUCUCGUCUUCGCUUAAAAGCGGGGUCUUUAUUUCGUUUAGAAAUUGUUUGUUUUCAUUGGAUUCCGUGUUGUUACUUUCAUAAAGAUUUUUGUAAAAGUGUGUAAUGUUUUUCAAUAUAUCGUCAUUGUUUGUGUAAGUUUUAUCAUUUUGUUGUAGACAAUUGAUCGCGUUUGAAAUUUGAUGAUUUUUUUCUAGUCUGAGAAAAUAUGCUGUAUUUUUUUUCCCUGAUUCUAACCAUUUCGCUUUUGAUCGAAUGAAUGCUUUAGUUUUUUCUUCAUAAUAAUUUUCUAUUUCAAAUUCUAGUUUUCUUUUUCUGUUCUAGUUUGUGUAUUUUAUUAAGUCUUGAAUUGCUAUUGUGCUUUGCGAAGGAUAUAGAAUAAUUUUUUAUCAAUAUCUUAAUUUUUUCCCAUUUCAUUUGAUCAUUAUGAAUAGCAUUUAAAUCACUUUUAUUACUAGCGAGUAAAUCUUUAAUGUUCAGUAACAGGGAUGUGUUUAACUUCCAGUAACCCGGACCUCGAGAGUUAAUAUUCGGUGAGAAGUCAAAACGUAUUGCUAAAUGAUCAGUUGACCUAUUGCCAUUUGAAUUCGGCACCUUUCUUAAGAAGAUUUGUUGGGUUUCCAGAUUAAAUUUUUUUGAAAUAAAUAUAUAAUCUAUCCUGCUUUUAGCAUUACCAUUCCCGUCGCACCACGUAUAUCCAUUUUUUUUCCAUUAUUUUGUUCUUUCCAUAGAUCUUUAAGGGACUCCAAUCCUCAGCAAUGUUUGGUAACUCGCGUAAAAUCCGGAAAAAGUUUAUUCGUAUCAUAAAUUCCGGCAUUUAUAUUUUUUUGGAACUCUUCUUUGAAAAAAGAAUAAGAAUUCACAGAUGUAAACAAACGGAAAUGGAGGGGAAUUGUAUACGAGAAAGAGAUAAGAAAGGUCGGUUCAAGAAAGCCUCGUCUACUGCUACUAUAACCAUUAGCACAUGUACCGAUGAAAAUAACAACCAUCCUGACUUCACCGAUGUCAACAGCGAAGAUCCACUAGCACAGGUAGAUGAAUAUGAUGAAAAUAAAGAGACAUUUGACCUGUUCCAAGGCAGAAGAGUUGUUGAAUUUUCAAUUCUGGUGGAUCAUUUGCAAAGAGGGUGCUUUCUGUGUCAUACGCCUUUGGAUAUUGUUGACUGUGAGGAAGAGAGACGUUAUGGACUAGCCAGCUUACUGUAUGUGAGAUGCAGGAAGUGCGACGAACUGACGAUCAUUCCAACUGGUAAACGACACAAUAUAGGUCAGAAUGGUCAAGGUCCUUUUGAUAUCAACACCAAACUUGCUGUUGGAAUCUACCCUAUGGGAAAUACCUUUCGGAUAAAAAACUCCACCAUGAUCUUGUGAAAAUCUUCACAUUGUAUGCAGAACAAUCUGACAGACUUUCUUCAUUAGAGAGCACACAGAACAAUGAAAACUUCAAUCAAAUUGUUGCAAGAAAAAAUCCAAAGAACAACUUCUACUCUGGUUCAGAGAGUACCACUAGCAGAGUUGCUGCAGCUACAUGUGAAAAAAAAUAUAGGACCACAUUAUGUG